UAGGAUAUAAUGGUAAAGAAAAAAAAGUUAGUGUUAGUUAAGUGGACAGACAAUAAUAGUGAAACUUAUGACGGUGUGCAACAGAGAAUCAAUAAGAAAUACAUCAUUAACGAUAAUCCUACUUUUCUACAGAAAAUAAGUGUCAGGUGGAACCGGAAGAUAUGGAAUGCAAUAUACAUGGAGCAGACAGUAUGUCAACCACCACAGAAGCACAGGGCGGGGAGAAAAACGGGGAGAAAAACAGAAAUUCUGAAGAUAGUCACACCAAGUACGCUAUACGUUUUGCUUCAUAGACUACCAGUAGGUGUUGCAUCGCAAAAUUCCGAAAGAAAAAGAACUGGUACACAUCCAAAUGAUAUAUUCAAGACGAGAAAAAGAAAAAGAAUGUCAACUACUGAAGAUAUUCCGACCGAAAAGUCUAUCGACGCAUUACAAAGGGAACAAGCUGAACAUAUGAAAUCGCAUACACCUAAAUCAUCGCCUUUGAAUCCUGUAAAUGCAGCAUGUCCUGAUACACAGAGCUGCACCUACAAAAAAUAGGAUCUUCUUCUUCUUCAUGUACGUUUUCUAGCAUAAAACUUAUGGACAAUCCCAGCCGUAGCCCUAGUCAUCAAACACCAAAGUCUGCUGCUUUUGCAUCUUUAGCAUGCGAACCACACUCGAGCUUUGACGAUAUAGACCACUGGUAUUACAAACAAAACCCGCCGUUCUCGGUUAUGCAAAGUGCACUUUCAUCUCAGUCAACGUUCUAUAGUAUGUUGACCGAGCACGACCAGUCUAUCCUGACAUCACCAAGUAAUGAUUUAAGAAGAUCUCCGAGACAUAUCAAAUCGCCGUGUUUACCUUCAGUCACAACCUCUCGAAAAAGACCACAUUAUGACCAGAUCUAUAACGACCACAUCCAACAUAAGGAAGAUACUUCCGCCAAACUUUCAACUGAUGCAUUACAGAAGAAAAAUGCUUUACAUAUGGAAUCACCUUUACCAAAAGUUACAUCGAUCUCGGAUCCGGUGUAUGCAGCAAGUGCAGAUACUCCGAGCUAUAGCUCCAAAAAGGUAGGACCUUCAAGUACGUUUUCUAGCAUAAAACUUACGGAUAAUCCCAGCUGUAGCCCAAGUCAUCAAACAUCAAAGCCUGUUGUUUCUGCACCUUAAGCAUGCGAACCACACUCGAGCUUUGACGAUAUAGACCUCUGGUAUUACAAACAAAACCCGCCGUUCUCAGUUAUGCAAAGUGCACCUUCAUCUCAGUCAACGUUCUAUAGUAUGUUGACCGAGCACGACCAGUCUAUCCUGACAUCACCAAGUAAUGAUUUAAGAAGAUCUCCGAGACAUAUCAAAUCGCCGUGUUUACCUUCUUAUCAAUCAACACAACAGACACAUCUUGAUGACACUACAGUCACACCCCCUCGAAAAAGACAAAAAUAUCACCAAACCUACGACAUCCACAUUCCACGUAAGGAAGAUACUUCCGCCAAACUUUCAACUGAUAUAAUACAGAAGGAAAAUGCUGUACAUAUGAAAUCGCCUAAGCCAAAAAUUUUCUCGAAUUCGGUGUAUGUAGCAGGUCCCGAUACACAGACAUGUAGCUCCAAAAAAGUAGGAUCUUCUUCAAGUACGUACUCUAGCAAAAAACUUACGGAUAAUCCCAGCCGUAGCCCAAGUCAUCAAACACGAAAGCCUGCUGCUUCUGCAUCUUUAGCAUGCGAACCACACUCGAGCUUUGACGAGACAGACCUCUGGUAUUACAAACAAAACCCGCCGUUCUCAGUUAUGCAAAGUGUACCUUCAUCUCAGUCAACGUUCUAUAGUAUGUUGACCGAGCACGACCAGUCUAUCCUAACAUCACCAAGUAAUGA